CGAAAACGUCAUUUUGGACGACUCUCGACUAUCUGCUGUAAGAUGGCUUCCACGGCCGUGAUCGCUCCGACGGGAGUGCAGCAUAUUCAGGUUAUUUUCAUGAAAAGCAGCGUCGUCGUGAAAUCUAUUUGUGGUGUAAUCAUUUUCAUGUAUUUAAUAACAUUCCUGGCUAACAAUGAGAAAUAUUUGGAAGCUCUUUCGGUGACUCCGGGCCUCAUAUUUCCACCAAGUUUUCGCGUCUGGACGUUGUUUACACACCCGUUCAUUGAAUUGCAUCUGUGGCUUGUAUUCCACGACGUGGCUCUCCUGUUGAUAUGCGGCAGACUCAUUGAACCUCUUUGGAGUGCGCUUGAAAUGCUGAUUUUCUUCGCUAUUGUAUCAGUUGGUUCAGCGAUCAUCACUUCAUUUCUUUAUUUGUUCAUGUACCUAUCAACUGUAAAUAUUACAUAUCUUUUUGAUACACACAUAUUUGGACUCGCUGGUUAUGCAGGAGCAGUGACAAUCGCCCUCAAACAGUCAAUGGGAGAUGCGGAAUUACCGCCCAAAGCUGCAAGAUUGAGAGUGCACCAUCUCCCAGCUUUGCUCCUCGUAUCAUCAUUAUUGCUUCGAUUUAUAGGAAUCGUACCACCUACACAUCCAUUUAUGCUAUUAACAGGUAUGCUGACAGGAUGGGUGUAUCUUCGGUUUUACCAGAAACAAUCAGAUGGGAGCAGAGGAGACAUGACAGACACAUUCUCAUUUGCAAGUUUCUUCCCAGAAGUCAUUCGACCACUUAUUGCUAUCUUAGCAAACACAGUUCACAGUUUUCUUGUAAAGAUCAAGGUGUGUAAAAAGCAAGUAAGGAAGUAUGACGUCGGUGCACCUUCUCCAAUCACAAUUAGUCUACCUGGUACAGACCCUGCAGAUGCUGAAAGGAGAAGGCAAAUAGCUUUAAAAGCCUUGAACGAACGGCUGAGUAAGGUUGAGGAACAGACGGCAUGGCCUAGCAUGGAUGAACAGCUCUCAUCUACAGAUCCUGCCUCGCCAGCUCCUUCAAGUAUUUCACUCAUGAGUGAUGCUAACCCCAAGGACAGUGUAGAGAUCAAUCUAGAUGAUCCUAGAACAAGUGUUAAUGCUUAGCAUUCAAGUGAGAAAAAGAAUGGACUAAGGGAUGUUUUUCAUGAAGUUGUACCCUGCAUAAAAAAGAGACUUUACAAGCGACUUCAAUUAUGGAAAGUCAUGUUGGAUCCCUCCAAAAAUAUUAUCUUGUGGCCUUUUAUUGAAUAUGUUGAGUUAUGGGGAUUAUCUAUCCUGUAAUGCAAAUUAUACUAUAGUUUUGGUUAUAUUGAAAAGCGAUCCAAGUUUGGUUUUAGAUUUAACACCCUUUUUAAAAACACAAUUUUAUAUUAUUUUUGUUUUAAUUAUUUCAUUUUUUUUUUAUUGGUGCAAAGAAUUUUCAUAGGCUUUCCAUAAUUCAACUCCUUUGUAAUGGCAGCUGUAUUAAACAUAUUCAGAUGAGUUGCAUUUUUCAAAGUGAUUAAUAGAACAGAAUAUAUUAUUUGCAAGCUGUCUAUAUCCCUACAGGAGAGCUUUAUGACUUGGACAAAUUUUAGUUGAUAACUUCAACUACAGUCUGUGGUUCUACUGGAGAAUGUCAUUGAAAAUAUGAAAAUUAAAUUAUGGAGUAGAUUGAGAACAUGGGACCGAUAAAAGCAGUUUGAUUCUAAUCGAGAUGUUGGCUCCAUCAGGUAGUAUUUGUAUGAUAUUGGCUUUAAAUGGAUACAUGUAGUGUUAGCAGAGUAUUUUGCAAUUUUUGUACGAAGGUAAUAAUUUGGGUUAAAUGGUCUGUCAGCUUGAGUCCAUGGUUUGAGCAAACACCUAACAUGUAUUAUUUUGUGCUUUACAUACGGCUAUGCUGAAUAAGUAUGAAUUUACAUUGCGAAUCUGUUAUAAUUUCUGCGCAUUUAUCUGCAAAUGAUUUAAUGCAUUUGCUUUAUGUAACCAGAAACAAAUGAAAAAGGAUUCAGUUUCCUGUAAAGGAGCAAGAACAUAUUUUAAGAAAUACUGGUAAUGAUGAUUACCAAUACCAAUGCUGUAUUAUGCAUUUAGGUGAAAUAUCCCAUCUGUGUUUACAAAUCAGCUUCCUAAAUGAAAAUUGAUAUAAAGCUGAGAUGUGAUGAGUUAUCACCUUCUCAUGUUACAUCGGUGUUGUGAUUUUGUAGUUUUUAAAAAUUCACCUGUCUUUAUAUUUGUAAAAAAACAACACUUAAUUUAGCAUCACCGCUGUCUGGCACGACCAUUUAAUGUGGCUUUGGUGCAGUGAUUGUUUUGCAAAACAUUUUGGGUUAUUUUUUUAUUUUUCCCUCCAGAAAAAUAAUCCAUAUUGGAAAUAGUAUUAAGUUAAGCUUUUUUACGCUAUUAAAGAACAUGUUUAGAUGUCAUCACUAAAACUCUUAUUUUCAGCAGUUUUCCUUAUUUUCCUAAUCAGAUAUACUUGAAGCUUUUAGUUUUUCUUUAAUUUUAUAUGUUGCAUACAUUUUUCAUAAAUUGAUUUCAUUCUUGCUCUCAUUUGCCCAGUCCAUUAUCCCAAAGAAAUGCAUUUCUAUAAGUGCCAUUUAACACUAGUGGUUUCUCUUGUUGUUUAUACUUGAUGACUUAUUUAUAAUACAUUCUUCAAUUAUGUAUUCUCUUCUGUUUUAAUGAACUGUAAUCAUAGACUACUAAUACCUACCUUUCCGUGUGUACGUGUAUGUUUAUGUAUUUACACAAAAUGUAAAUUUUAUGUUAUGUAAAUUGUUGUUUCUGUAUUUUUUAAGAAAUCAACUCUACAGCUCAUGCAUAUACAUAUACAUGUACUUCAGUAGCGUACCGUGAACCGCAGGAGACAAAGCAUUGGGGGGGCAGUGCAUUGUUUGUGAACAAUGCUUUGCCCCCCCAAUGCUUUGUCUCCUCCGAGUCACGGUACGCUACUGAUGUACUUGUAACUUGUUUUCUCCUCCCACACCUCUGGAGUAAAAAUAUACUUCAAGCAAGCCCCUAUCUCUUCCCUUGUGGGGUGCUUUUGAUUAAAAGUGCUUCCUCCACAAUUUGUGGUAUAUAAUUACCCAUCCAUGCAGAUGUGUGAUCUUUAUGAAAUAAUACAAGUCAAUAUUUCUACACGUGUUAACAUUGCAAACCCCCUUUUCUUGACUACUUUGUAACUGUAUGUUGGUGUAUGCAAACAAAAUGAUGAAUUUGUCAUUCGUGUAAGUGUGCUGUAGUCCUAUAGAAUGCAUUAUUUGGAUGCUGUUGAUUGGAUUUACUUUGGGAAGAAAUGAAGUAUUUAUAAGGAUGAAGGAGUUUACUACUCUGUAUCCCCCCAAAAUAGAAAAAGCAUGGAGGCAUAUCCAUGAUGGGUUCAUUUGUUCAUGUGAUAACUUGAAUGCAUUUGGUGAGAUAACAUUUGAAAAUGCCACCUGCUAUACAAGAAACACAUGCAUAAAACAAAGUAGUAUUUUGACACCAAUGAAUCAUACUUUUAAAUUAAAAGAGCAUGUCACAUUUGAAGUGUAAAAUCUCCAUACAAUUUAUUCAUAAAAUAUACCUAGUUUAUAUAUGAAGGAGAUUUUGGGGUAAUACUCCCAAUUUUCUCAUUACAGAUAAUUAUUAUCCAUGAAGAGAUAUGCAUUUCUUUGUAUUUAUUUUGUCAUUACUCCUUUGGGACACGUUGUUCGUGAGACAAUUUCUCAUGAAACUGUGCCCAAUUGAGUUGAUAUUAUAAAGGGCAUUAAUAAUUGUUUGGUUUAUAUGUCAUUUUAUAAAAAGAAAAAGUAACAGUUAUUGAAAAUGAAGGAAUAUAGUGUUACAUUGGACUAUCAUACUAUUUCAUCUCCUCAAAAGAAAUGAAUGUAUGAAGACCGCCAAUGUGGCUUUAUUGGUUAUGCUUCACUUAUCACAGAAUGGUCUUUAAAAAAAUUGCAUGAUUUACAACAUAUAGCAAAUAAAAGGCCCUUCUCCUCUCUACAGUAUGAUAUAAAUAUGUGUGAUUUUUAUGAUAGAUUAUAUCAAAUGAUAUGUACUUCAUAUGUGAAUCUUCUUUUCGGGGUGUCAAGUUGUUGGUUGCCCUGUAUGAUAUGUAAGGCUUUGUAAUAUGAUGUUUCUCCACACGGCUGAAAUUCAUGCACUUUGGUAUUCUUUAAUGCUUAUGUGUAUGUCUGCCCAUCGGUACAUUAUGAUACUAUCGCUCCAACUUAAAGGACAAGUCCACCUCAACAAAAAGUUGAUUUGAAUAAAAAGAGAAAAAUCCAACAAGCAUAACACUGAAAAUUUCAUCAAAAUCAGAUGUAAAAUAAGAAAGCAUUAAAUUAAAAGUUUUGCUUAAAUUCACAAAACAGUUAUAUGCACAUCCUGGUCGGUAUGCAAAUGAGGAGACUGAUGAUGUCAUCACUCACUAUUUCUUUUGUGAGAAAUCUGAAAUAUUCUAAUUUUCUCCUCAUUGUCAAGUGAAACAAUGAUUAAUUCCUCCCUGAUCAUGUGGAAUUAGCAUUGUUUAAUACUAUAUGGUUCAGUCAAGUUGGUCCUUAAUGUCACGUCUGUAACAAAUGAAAUAUUGUAUAAUCCAAACAAUAAAAACAAAAGAAAAAGUGAGCGAGGGACAUCAUUGACUGUCUCAUUUGCAUGUCACUGAGUUGUGCAUAUCACUGUUUUGUGAAAAAUAAGUGAAACUUUAAAAUAUCAUAACUUUACAUCCAAUUUCAAUGAAAUUUCAGCGUUUUUUAUGCUAGUUUGAUUUUUCUCUAUUUAUUCAAAUCAACAUUUUUCUGCGGUGGACUUGACCUUUAAUUGGUAAUGUAGAAUUUCAUUCUAGCAAAGUAUUCUAAGAAAUCGAUCACUCAAUUCUUCUUCAUAGGUUGUAAAUUUUUUCUAAUGACUUGUACUCUUGAUAAUAAUGAACAUAAAGCAUCAAUAAAUAUGAAGAUAAAAGCUGCA